AUGUCCUAUUACCAACAACAAAAUCUCGGCUUCUACAACGGUCCGUCACAACAAAGCCUGUACAAUGGGUCGAUUCCCACCGGAUCAAUGCAAACAAGCUAUUCCUAUGCUGGGGGAGACCAAGAUCAACCACCCUUGAGCAAAGGCGUCCUCGCAGCGUUCUCCACCAGUGGCUAUCCUGGAGAGCCUCCAUUGUUGGAGGAACUGGGGAUUAACUUUAAUCAUAUUAAAUCGAAAACACUAGCGGUGCUGAAUCUCAAGUCUAGUAGUUUGAGUGAAGAUAUUAUCCAGGACUCAGAUUUGGCUGGACCACUGAUAUUCUGUCUGCUGUUUGGUACCCUGCUUCUGCUUUCAGGAAAAACGCAUUUUGGAUACAUAUACGGGGUUGCUUUGUUUGGAACAGUUUCACUGCACUGGCUGUUCAAGCUGAUGUCUAAUAAUACCUCAGACAAUAAUCUCGACUUCUUAAGAACCGCGUCGGUUAUAGGAUACUGUUUGCUUCCCCUUGUUAUUCUCAGUGGUAUCGCUGUUCUCAUUAGGCUGGACAACACUCUUGGUUAUGUUUUAGCAUGCUUGGCCAUUUUCUGGUGCACAUUCUCUUCAUCGGGAUUUUUCGUUCGUGUGCUCAACCUGAGUAAUGCCAGACCCUUAGUCGCCUACCCUUUGGCGAUGUUCUACUCUGUGUUUGCCCUGAUGGCCAUAUUCGUGGAGAAAAAAGAAUGAAUUCCUGACAAGUGCGCAAUACAUAGAAAAUAGUACAGCAUAAUCUAUUUGAGACCGACGUCUUUCAAAUCGUAAGUUCCUUCUAACUGAGGAAUCAGAACCUCGUAGUCGUAAGUUCGAGAGUUUGUGUCCCUCAUGUCGACCUCGAAAUGGAACGUGGUCACGAGAGAAUUUGGAUCUAGUGGAUAGCCAAUCUUCUUGGUAGAAAAGCCUCCGUCCCCAGCACUUUCCGCUUUCUCCAAUGCUUCAGAUGGCCCUGGAUGGAUCAACUCUCCUGGGCGGAAUUUGUUGUAACGCUCUGUAUUUUUGAGGUUCUUGAAAGGAAUAAGAUCGGCAUAGUUGCGCUUAUUCAAAAACAAGUGGUUGGCCCUUGCAGAGCCGUCGGUAUCUCUUACAAACAGGUCCACAACGUCUUCGUCACAAUUCGAGUCAAAGUGGUGGAUUUUGGAUCUCUUCUCCAGUAGGGUUGCCAUACCGUUAGGUGGCGGAGUGUUCACGAUAGCAGAGGAAAUGACAUUGAAGAUUAGCCUUGGAUCGUGUUCUGGGUGCUCCAAAAUCUCCUUGCGGUUCUCGUCUAUCCUGCUGCUGAAGAUGUGAUGUUUGUGCAUUUUUGUCAUCAUUCGUGAAAGACAGCCUAGAUGGACGUCACCGGAAAGGAUGGUGAUUCUGACACCAUGUGCUGCAGCAAAUUUUGUCAAUUCUCCCAUCAGCCAAUUACGUUCCUUCUUAUGGUGAACAGCACACCAGUGAUCGUUCAAAUCGUCGAGCAAUUCCACACCACCAUCGAACUCAUUAACCAGACCCUUGGCAAUGAUUCCUUUUCUGGCCAACCACUUGAUAGGGCCCAGAGCAGCGGACCCCAAAAAGGAUUCAAUCCACACCAUUCUUGGGUAGCAAAUCGGGACGCCAAGCAAGACAAGAAGGUGUUUGAUGUCACCAUUAGAUGCAGUGAUUUCUUGUUUCAAUCUUUCAAACACACGGGCAUAGGUCUCUUUCGUGACAACUUGCUUUUUCGUUCUCUCCGUUCUACAAUCCAAGCCAACUAGUGCAACCUCUUUUCCUAGCCUUGUAUAAAGAGAUCUCGACAACUGUUUGAUGUAAGGGCCGACAGAGGCUCCCAAAAUCCAAGACGGUUCAGAUUUAUAGUCUUCUGUAGGAGAGGUGUGGUGCUGGAAUAAUAAAUAAUACUGGAACGCAAUGUUACCCACGCCUUUAAAAAUAUCCUGGGUCAUGGUACGGUGACUGUACGAGCCAAAACCAUCAAUGAUGUCAUGGUCGUCGAAAAUGUUGAUUUGUGGAAUUUGUUGCAAGGCCAAGGGGUAGAUACACUGCAAAGUAGCACCUGCUAAUCCUUCCCAGUACCCUUUACCAAACCAUUGUAUGUAAUUGGUCAGAUAGUAUUCUUUGAGGGAGUCAACAAUUUCAUCAGUGAGCUUAUCGUAAGAGUGAAGCUUCUUAUGUUUUAGCCAUUUCUCAAAAGGCUUGGAAGACUUUUUCACAGAGUCGCAAUAGAUUUGAUCACCCCCUCCAACCAUCACAUGGUAAGGCAACUCACUGUGUUUCCGCAUAACAUCGUACCACAGCGAGCUUUUGAAGUCUGCAGUCUUGACACUCAAUGAAAAGCCGUUACAAGAGUAAGACAUGACAUUCAUCGAUUGCUCGACAGAAGGCAGGUAAAAUUGAAAGUUCUCGUUGUACUCGCCAUUGAGAGAAUACUUUAUUUUCUGCUCAUACUCUUGUAAUUGUAAUUCCAUGCUAAAUCUCCAAAAACUCAGGCCCUGUUCUUGGUGAAAUAGAGUUCCUGGGAACUCUCCCUUGCUCAACUGGAGAGAGCCAGUCGAAGUGGUAGCAGGCCCAAUAUAAUACUCAAUAGAAGGCUCUAUCCUUUCAGUCUCCGGGGUGUCGCGAAGAACAAGCAAGAUCGUUCC